GCACUGCGCAAUUGACUGCUGAGGGAGCUGCAGACAUCGCCCUCGUAUUAAAACUGAUUUUGCUCAGCUGCGUUACUUGCCGCGACACCACUGCCGAAUGCCGCGCACCAGGCGUUUGUAAGGAAAAGCGGUGUUUGAGGACGCGAGAGUUCAUUACGAAUCUCAGCUUGGGGCAAGGAGCCUGGUUUACCCAGAUGGACCCUAAAUCCAACCACUAGCGCGCUUACAGAGGAGAAGCCAAGGGAUAUUUGAAAGGUGCUGAAGAGCGGAACGCCAUGAAACCACUGUGGCAGACCCCGGAGUAAAGGGCUGCAGCGACAGAUGGCGCCGGCAGCGGCCCGACGCAGCCAGGGCCCCCUCCAGGCGCCUGCACAGGUGUCCAGCGCUGCGGACAUCCUGACGCCCACCGCGGACCCCUGACCUGCGGAACUGCCGGGGGUGCGCCGCUGCGCGGAUUGUGGACCAUGGACAAUUUUACUGAGGGAAAUCCGUCUGUGGCAGAUUGUGCCAUGUUAGAGGAUUGCCCUGACGAGGAUGAGUGUGCCUUUCCUCCUGAAUUAAUGACAGCAAACUAUGUCCGUGUGACUCGGCUUUACUGUGAUGGCGUGGGUGAACAUUGUAAAGAUUUUGCCCAAACAGAGGGAAAUUUGGAAUUUGACAUCUGCAAUUUAUGGUGCAGUAAACCAGUUUCUGACCUCCACGAUUACUGUGAUGCCAUUAAAAUAUAUAUCUUCUGGCCACUUCUUUUUAACCAUCAGCACGCUGCUAUAGUGCCGCGGUUUCAUCCCUGUGUGGAGCCCAGCAGUUCUCAUGCUUCUGAGAUAAGUUUGAGGAAAUUACAAUGUCUUGAGUUGAUGGAAGAUAUUGUGGAUUUGGCAAAGAAAGUUUCGAAUGAUUCGUUCCUUAUUGAAGGCUUAUUGAAAAUUGGUUAUAAAAUAGAGAAUAAAAUGUUGGCCAUGGAAGAAGCUUUAAAUUGGAUCAAAUACACAGGCGAUGUAACAAUUCUACCUAAAUUAGGAUCACUUGACAGUAGUUGGCCUUUGUUAAGUAUUUUCUUUACUGAAUAUAAGUAUCACAUAACUAAAAUUGUAACGGAAAACUGCAAUUUACUUGAAGAAUUUAAAACUCAAAAUUGUGCUGAUUGUAUAGAGCAAGGAGAAUUCAUGAAAAUGAAAGGAAAUGAAGAAUUUUCCAAAGAACGAUUUGAUAUAGCUAUUAUCUAUUACACCAGAGCCAUUGAAUAUAGACCUGACAACCACCUUCUUUAUGGUAACCGAGCUCUUUGUUUUCUUCGUACUGGACAGAUAAGAAAUGCACUUGGUGAUGGAAAGAGAGCCACUAUUCUGAAGUGCUCCUGGCCAAAGGGUCAUUAUCAUUAUUGUACUGCUCUUUCUCUGCUGGGAGAAUAUGACUGGGCCCUGCAAGCAAACGUAAAGGCUCAAAAACUCUGUAAAAAUGACCGUGAGGGAAUCAAGGAUCUAAUUCAGCAGCAUGUAAAGUUACAAAAACAAAUAGAAGACCUGCAAGGUCGAACACCAAAUAAGAAUCCGAUUAAAGCUUUUUAUGAAAGCAGGGCCCAUGUGACUAGGAAUUCACCAGCCCCUGCUUUCAGUACAUCACUCAGCUUUGUGGAGAAGGGAAGAGAGUGCAGAAAAGAUAACCAGGAAAUGGCGUACGGUGGCAGAGAAUACAUAAGGGAAAUCGAUGAGGCUUUAAGAUUCGAUGAUUGUGACUGCGAGACUGAAUAUAUACAAUCACCACGUCAUCCUCCAAGACAUAGAGGAAGACGUAAAUCCCGAAACCAUGGGUCGCAGAAUGCCAAUUCUAAUUCAGAAUUGGCAAUUGAUUGGAAAAAGCUGUUGGAGAGAGAGUUUUCUAAAUCUUCCAGAGCUGCUCAGCAGGACUUUGCUAAUGUUAUGAAACUGCUGAGAAGCUUAAUUCAAGAUGGUUACACCGCGCUGUUGGACCAUCGUUGCCGCAGUGCUGCACAGUCCUUUUCAGAACUGCUAAACGGCUUAGAUCCCCAAAAAAUAAAGCAAUUGAACCUGGCUAUGAUCAACUAUGUAUUAGUAGUCUAUGGACUUGCUAUGUCUCUCCUUGGAAUAGGACGACCUGAGGAAUUAUCUGAAGCUGAAAACCAGUUUAAAAGGAUUCUUGAAUUCUAUCCCAAUGAGGGACUAGAUUCCUUGGCCUACUGUGGAAUUGGAAAAGUAUAUUUGAAGAAAAACAGAUUUCAAGAAGCUCUCACUCACUUCGAGAAAGCAAGUACCCUGAUUUAUCGUCUCCCUGGGGUGUUAAGUUGGCCCACAACUAAUGCGAUUAUUGAAGAGUCUCAGCCAAAAAAAAUAAAGAUGAUUUUAGAGAAAUUUGUUGAAGAAUGCAAGUUCCCUCCAGUGCCAGAUGCCAUUUGUUCUUACCAGAAGUGCCUUGGACUUUCCAAAAUCCAAAUAUAUGUUACCGAUCCGGACUUUAAGGGUUUUAUACGAAUCACCUGUUGCCAGUACUGUAAAAUAGAAUUUCACAUGAACUGCUGGAAGAAGUUGAAAGCAACAACCUUUAAUGAUAGAAUCGACAAGGAUUUCCUGCAAGGAGUUUGUCUUACCCCUGACUGUGAAGGUAUCAUUUCUAAGAUCAUCAUCUUUAGCCGUGGUGGUCGUGUUAAAUGUGAAUUUGAACACAAGGUCAUUAAAGAAAAGGUUCCUCCAAGACCUAUUCUGAAACAGAAAUGUUCUAGCCUAGAGAAGCUAAAACUGAAAGAAGACAAAAAAUUGAAGAGAAAGAUCCAAAAACAAGAAGCAAAAAAAUUAGCCCAAGAAAAAAGGGAAGAGGACCUAAGAGAGAAGAAUGCACCCAAAAAUGAACAGAAAGAAACUGUAAAGAGUGUUCAGAGUUGUCCAUACUUCGAUGACAGAAUUCUGCAGUGCCUGAAGCAGUACUCUGACAAAAUUCAGUCUGGUGUACCGGACAUUCCCGAGCUUCUCAGAGAAUUGGUUUCCUGGAAAGUUUGGACCACAGAAGACUAUGGACUGUGCUUCGCUAACCAAAAUUUUCCUGCCGAAGCAGUGGACUAUGUCAUCAAUUACUUGAUUGAAGCAAAUAACAGAGUAAAAACAAGGAUAUUUCUGCACAUUUUGUGUGAGCUUCAAGAAAUUGAGCCCAGUGCAGCCAGCUGGCUCCAGAAACUUAACGGCUUUGGCUUAGAUGCCACAGGAACUUUCUUUACUCGAUAUGGAUCAUUGCUUAAGGACCUUGAUUUUACCAUCAUGACUUUCCUCUGGAAUGAGAAAUACGGUAAUAAACUCGACUCCAUAGAAGGAAAGUCGCUUGAAUAUUUCCACGAACCCACAUCGGUGAAGGAAGCACGUUGUUUAAUAUGGCUGCUGGAAGAUCACAGAGAGAAGUUCCCAGCAUUGCAGAGUGCUCUGGAUGAAUUCUUUGAUAUAAUGGAUAGCCGCUGUACUGUACUAAGGAAACAAGACCAUGAAGUGCCGGUGACUUCUACCAAGACGAGGAACAAGGGCAAGAAAAAGAGGCUAAAAGAUCCCAAGCUGAUGUUAAUUGGGUCUGUAACAACUUCACGAACAUCAAGUAAUGAGAGCUUCACUUCAAGUCAAAACUCUCGCAGACGCAAUGGAGACCCCACUGGCCCAUUUGCAGUGCCCGAGCACCUUCGGCAGGAAAUAGAAGAGUUCGAAGCUUUCUACGAGCAGCAUCGCUUUGAGCGUUUGUCUAACUAUGUGGAGGAUCCUGGUCCUGUGGAAAUAGGGAACAGAAUAUUAACUGAAGAAUAUGAGUUCUUCCCAGAAGAAACUCGACAGAUACUAGAACAAACGGGAAACUUAAAGUCUUUUCUCCUGGGAUGUCCACACUUCGUUGUGAUUGACAACUGCAUCGCACUGAGAAAGAUUACAGUACGGCUCAAGAAAAGAAAAAAGAAGAGGAACAUGAAAGCAAGAGCAGAAGAGAUCUCAAAAAUAGAAGAGUAUUUACGAGCCAACCUACGGCAGAAUCCAGCUGCUGACGGCUCUCAGCCCGAUGGACAAUCCAGCCAAGUGCCUGACGCAGCUCCAGCACCAGCUCCACAGGACGCGGAGACCAAGGACACGGAGCCCAAGGACGCGGAGCCCAAGGACGCGGAGCCCAAGGACGCGGAGCCCAAGGACGCGGAGCCCAGGAACGCGGAACCCAGGAACGCGGAGCCCAAGGACGCGGAGCCCAAGGACGCGGAGCCCAGGAACCCGGAGCCCAGGAACGUGGAGCCCAGGAACGCGGAGCCCAGGAACGCGGAGCCCACGAACGCGGAGCCCAGGAACGCGGAGCCCAGGAACCCGGAGCCCAGGAACGCGGAGCCCAGGAACGCGGAGCCCAGGAACGUGGAGCCCAGGAACGUGGAGCCCAGGAACGCGGAGCCCAAGCCCGCGCCUGCUGACCCUCCCAGUCCCGUCUGUGAAAACAAGAAGCUCAAGUCUGGGCCUGAGAGCUCUUCCAGUCCAGUUUCUGCAGUUGAGAAGCCUGAAGGGGUCUCUUGUGAUUCUCCCAAGCCACUGCCUAGGGCUGCGACACCAGCUUAUUGGGCUCAGUCACACAUGGUCACGACAUUCUGCACCUACCUUCCCUUCCAGGGAUUUGGUAUCAGCCAGACUCCACCAGCGUACAUGAACGUGCUGCCAGGCGUGCCCCGGUACACCAGCAUGUACACACCGUUAGCCGGCAUCUCCUCUGAAUACCACCGGCAGAGGGCCAUAGUCCCGCUGGUGCCACCUUUUCUGGCCAAUGACAGAGCAAAGAGAAAUGCUCUUUUGUAUUAUAAGGAUCCUAAUUUGAAUGCUGCUGGUAAACCAUUCACCUCUGCAACGCAGAUCCCUGACGACUCUGGGGUAAGACCCGGAAAGUCACAGCGUGACCCAAGUGAGACUUACAGAGGCAGGGCGCCUUUGGGGAGCUCUGGCAGCAGACGGGAAUUCACUGCAGAAAGAGCCUCACGCACACGGGAGGUUGCUGUACAGGUGUCUUGGCCCAUCAUACACCAGGAAGUCAACACGGAGCCAUACAGUCCUUUGGAGGUGCAGCAGGGGGGUAUUUCACAGAUUGAAAAGGAGUACUAUGUCUUACGAGAACAACUGAAGGAAGCAUGUGAAAACUAUGAGCAGACGAAACUCAAGAGCGCCGAAGAGACCAGGAUCCUGGAAGAAAAGCUGAAAAAGAAUCUCGGAGAAAACAAGGUCUCAGAGACAGAGUUAGAUUGGCUCAUCCAGGAUUUGGAAAGAGAAGCUAGCGCAUGGGAAGAACAGAAACAGCGAACUGAUGACAGAAUCAAAUCAUGUAGGAAGAAUAUUAGAAAGGUUUGGAGUGCCUGUGGAAAGACUCCCUGGGACCUUGAUGGAGUGGACGAAUUGCAUCCGAAUCCAGUCCUUAAAAACAGAAGCACAUAUACAAAAGAGAAGAUGAGAAUAGAAGACAAUAUAAGGAAUGGGAAAGAACUGUAUGAAGAGAGUCACCAGAGGGCUCUGGUUGCCGAGGUAUCUGUGCUUGAAAACUGGAAGGAGGGUGAAAUAUUUAAGUUGCAGACCAUGGCAUCAAAAGCUGAAGCCUACCUUAAGAAUCUCAUGAACAGCACUUCUGCGGCAUAUCCCAACAAGGAGUCUGAUAUACUUUCAUGGCAAUCAUUUAUUUCUAAUGUUGCAACAGAAAUUACAAAAGCAAAGUCUCAGUUUGAAGACCAAAUUAGAGCAAUUCAAGAUGGGUCUCGGCUCCGGGAACUUCCCCAAGUGCGGAUUUCGGAGCUUUCAUUUCCUGCCUGCAAAGUGAUCCAGCCUCAGUCAGCCCCAAAGCCUCCAGGCGCUGAGAAACAGGCAUCCCAGACUUCUGCAAGCAGCGCACCUGCACCUGUGCCUGCACCUGCACCUGCGCCUGCGCCUGCGCCUGCGCCUGCACCUGCUCCUGCGCCUGCGCCUGCACCUGUACCUGCACCUGCUCCUGGGGCGGGCCGCAGGGAGGUUUGCCCUAGAGAGGCCCCUUCUGCACCAGCGCCCUCUCGUCAGCCAAAAGCGGCCCCACCGGCAGAGUCUAAGAGGGCCAGCCAGGCAGCUCGGUCAGUCCCAAGCCCCGACGAAGAUCGCAAACGGCCUGUUCCUACGGGGCGCACUCCCCGCUCAGGCCAGUCUCCAAAGAAACCAUUCAACAGUAUUAUGGAGCAGCUGUCGUCAAUAUUCCCGUGCUAUAGCAGCACUGAGCUUGCUGGUUUCAUUAAAAAAGUUCGAAACAAGAACAAGAAGUCACUUGCAGGACUGAGCAUUGGUGAGGUCGUCCAGAAAGUGACGGAACACAUUUUAGAUGAACAGAAAGGGAAGAAGCCAAAUCCAGGAAAGGACAAAGGGACACCCAGCGGCCGCUCUGCUGCUGCUGCGACCACAUCUUCCCGGAGUCUACCUGCAAUGCCCACUGGACUAUCAACCACAAUCAACGGACUGAAAACAGGAGCUGCCACUGCAUGGGCACCAAAGUCAAACGCGUGUCACAUAUGCCAUGAGGUGUUCAAAUCCAAAAACAUCCGUGUGCUGAAAUGUGGGCACAAGUUUCACAAAGGGUGCUUUAAGCAGUGGCUUAAAGGGCAUGGCAUCUGCCCCACCUGCCGCAACGCUGCCCUCCAGAAGGAAGGACAGUGAGCGCCCGCGGCCGCCUCUGCCCGGGUGGCCGCCUCGCCCUCGCCAGCGCGUCCUCGCCUGUGCACGACACCAAGACGAGGCCAGCAUCCUCUUGUCCUUCACAGCGGACGUUUUAAGACUGGCGUUGCGUGUCGCACAGCGCUGUGUGGAAAACUCUUGUGUGUUGCUGUUGAGUAAUUUCCCCUCUGAGUAACCGCUUCUGUGGCAGCCGCGUCGUGGCGUGUGCAGCGUGUGUCACCUCACCCUCCCACCGUCGGGAAAAUGCAGAGGGACCGGAGACGGGCUUCUCCGGGAAGAUUGUCAGUGCCUCAGAAACUGCAAGAAUGCCUGCCCCGGCCCAGUGCCCGAGCUUCCCUUUUUGUGUUUGAAAAGUCUUUCUAGUAGCUCUGUAAGCAAGGUAAUAAUGGCCUUUAUAUUGUUUUAUGUGAUGCAGUAUUCCUGAAAAUACGCCUAUAUUUCCCCUCGGAGUCUGCGUUUUUAAGAUGGCUUAAGGCAGAGUGUAAUAAUUUGCAGUUAAAAUACUGGCUGGUGUAGACCAAAAGAUCCAGUCUCUUCAUGAAAUCCCAGUGCUUUUGUUGUUCUGUCAUUUUCUUUCCCCCGUAGAUCUUUUAGGUGUUCAUUUUUCAUGGGAGAAGUAAUCUGAUUUUUGAAAGUCGGUUACAGCUACGCCCCUUGUGUAGACCUAGCCCGACCUCCUCCCUCCAGUGGGGAGGUGUGCGCCUCCUACCGGCGCCUCGGGCGUUUCUGUGGAGGGCGCUCCCCUGUGCCCUUCCGCAGCAGUUGGCCUCUGCGGUCCAGGCGGUGAGCGUUCGGCUGUCUGCGCCCACCCAGUGCUGAGCACGCGUGGGUGCUGUGGGGCGCCAGUCACCUCGUUUCCCCCUGCUCUCACCCCAAAAAGCGAAACUUGUGUAAUAGACAAUCCGAGGCGUGUGUGUUACAACCGUCCCGAGUUCGACCUUCGUGUGGAGUAAUGCAUGCCGUCCUGUACCGUGGCCUGAGAACACCACCUGCUUUAGAAGCUACUUAGACACUGGAUGUCUUUCGGUGACCCAAAGACAGUGUGAAUACGGAAACAUUCCAUUUCUCUGAAACACGAAGGGUCACAAGAUGUUUUCCACUGUGUUCUUUGUCCCACCGGCAACUCGGUGUGUCGGCGGAGUAGGUCACCUUCCUCCGCCUGUGUCCCCGCGAGCUGUGACGUCUUCGUGACUUGACCGUAGACACUCCUUACUCCCGGACGCUCCCGCGGUGGCUCCUCAAGCCUCAUCUGCGUAUUCGCUGUGCGCGCUCUGCUCUGUCAGGGCCAGUUGUGGCGCGCGUGCAGUGUGCUCUGCUUACCCGCAGCCUUGUGAACCUGCCUUACCUCUCAAUAAAGCUCACCCAAAAGA